AUGGUGAAUGUGCAGUUAAUGAACCAUGGAGUGUUGGAUGAAGGGAUGAGGAUGAUGAAGGAGAACGUGCAAGGGUUCUUCGAUCUGCCCCACCACGAGAAGCAAAAGUCAGCCCAAAACCCGAAGUCUCGAAGGUUACGUGCUUUCGUCACCUCUCACGACCGGAAGCUGCAGUGGAACGACGCGAUCUUCCUCAAAUGCCAUCCCGCUCAUGCGAGAAAUCUCGAUCUGUGGCCAAAAAUCCCCCCGGAAUUCAGGUCAUUCGGUUUCCAUCCUUUCCGUUUAUGUCAUCAAGGACAACCGCCGGGUCACGGUUCCACCUGCCUCGGCGGCAUCGUCGUGAAUUUAGGUCAAAUCAUGGAGGUUUACAGCAAUGCCACGUACAGAGCGCCGGAUCACGACGCUGGUGAACAAAGAGAAGGAGAGGGUGUCCAUAGCAACCUUUUGCUAUCCCAGCCCGUCUGUCUGGCCGGACCUUCUCCCAGCUCCUCGCAGCCACCGGACUCCCCCUAUCUACCAAAACCCUCUCGAACUCGGGAGAAUUCCUACAAAGGUUUAAGCCACAAGCUUGAUGAUGCGGUUCCUUUCAUCGACACUCUCAAGCUGUAG